AUGUUUCAUCAUUCUGUAUCUAGGGUUGUUUUACAAACUACUAAAAGGCAAAUUGAACCAAUUGCAAGUAAAAUUGUCUUUAAAAAAUCAUAUUCAGCAUCAGCUGCUCCACCACCACCAAAUGAUGAACAUUUACAUUCUACAAAACAUACUCCACCUCCACCUCCACCAAAAGCAAAUCCAGAAUUAGAUACUACACAUUUUGGUUACAAGACAGUAAAUAAAUCAGAUAAAGAAAAUUUAGUUGGAGGAGUUUUUUCAUCAGUUGCAUCAAAUUAUGAUUUAAUGAAUGAUGUUAUGUCAAUGGGAGUACAUAGAUUAUGGAAACAACAUUUUAUAAAUAGAUUAGAUGCUGGAAUGAGACCAAGCUCAACUGAGCCAUUAGAAUUUUUGGAUGUUGCUGGUGGUACUGGAGAUAUAGCAUUUGGAUUAUUAGAUCAUGCUGAAUCUAAAUUUGGUGAUAUAAAAUCCAAGAUGACUAUAGCUGAUAUAAAUCCUGAUAUGUUAAGAGAAGGAGAGAUCAGAUUUAAUGAAACUAAAUGGGCAAAAGAAGAUCCAAAAAGAGUUGAAUUUUUGGUACAAAACGGUGAAACAAUGGAUAAAAUCCCAGAUAAUUCAAAAGAUAUAUAUACUAUUGCGUUUGGUAUAAGAAAUUUCACAAAUAUUCAAGAAGGUCUUAAUACAGCAUAUAGAGUGUUGAAACCAGGUGGAAUAUUUGCAUGUUUAGAAUUUUCAAAAGUAAAUAAUCCAAUAAUAGAUUAUGGAUAUCAAUUGUAUUCGUUCUCAUUAUUACCAUUAAUGGGACAAUUAAUUGCAAAUGAUAGAGAAUCUUAUCAAUAUUUAGUUGAAAGUAUUCAAAAAUUUCCAACUCAAGAUCAAUUUAAAGGAAUGAUUGAAAAAGCUGGGUUUUAUGUACCUGAACCUGGUUAUGAAAAUUUAACUUUUGGUGUUGCUAGUAUUCAUAUUGGUAUUAAAUUAUAG